AUGGCUGUUGAAGUAUUUCGAGGUCGGUACACAGAUGAGACUGUGAUUCUUAUUCACCUGAAAACCAUCUUUCCAAGAGAAAUAUUGAGGAUAUCUUCCGAACGAGGUCGCUUUUUCUGCACGAUUCCGCGAAAGUUGACAGAGACUGAGCGGGAUGUCAUUUUGAGGGCAAUCGAAGCGGAUCAUUACACACAAAACUGA